AAACAAUACACAGCAGCGUCUUCUCUAUUCCUCUCUUUUCGAAUCUCUAUCUUCGAUGGCUGAUGUGAUCCGAUUAUCUUUCAAUUCAUUACGGUUCUCUUCCUCUUCUUCUCUGUUGGCUUCCUUGUCGUUAUCAUUGAAUUCUCUCCACCCGGGUCUUCCACCCAAUCAAAAAUUACGCAAGAAAGCUUUCUCUAUUGCCGAUUCCUCUUGUGCUCCUGUUGAUUUUGUUCCUCGUGUUGCCUUCAGACCUCGCAAGCAAUUACAUUCGUUCGAGGUACAUGCAACUGUUGCUGAAACUGACCAGCCAAAAUGGUGGGAAAAAAAUGCAGGACCAAAUAUGAUAGAUAUUCAUUCUACACAAGAAUUUUUGAGUUGUUUGAGUCAGGCUGGAGAUAGACUAGUUAUUGUCGAGUUUUAUGGAACAUGGUGUGCUUCUUGCAGAGCAUUAUUUCCCAAGUUUUGCAGGACUGCUCAGGAACACUCUGAAAUCUUAUUUCUAAAAGUCAAUUUCGAUGAAAAUAAACGGAUGUGCAAAAACUUAAAUGUAAAGGUUCUUCCUUACUUCCAUUUCUAUCGUGGAGCUGAUGGACAACUCGAAUCCUUUUCAUGCUCACUUGCCAAGUUUCAGAAAAUAAAGGAUGCUAUUGGAUUGCACAACACUGCUCGUUGCAGCAUUGGUCCGCCCAAAGGUGUUGGAGAUCUUCUUGUUGAAACCCCAUCUGCUCCAACGGAUUAACAGGCAGGGUUUUCUUCAACUUACAACUUCCUUGAUACAAGCAAUUGUUUAUUCUGUAUCCUCUGCAUCUGCUGCGCUGCAAUGAACCCCGAUAUAGUGAGCUAUUUAUUAUUGUUUCUGUAUAUUUGCAUUUUCUUCUUGGAAGAAUCCUAAGCAGUAGUUGCCACUCUCCUACAGCCUUUGUCCCGGCUGUGUUAUAGUUGGUCUAUCAAUCAUGUUGGAUGAGACGAAUUCGUCUCAAAAAAUAAUCCACACAUAUCCGAUUUGUUUAUUAAUUUACUUCUAACGAAACGUGUAAUUUCGUGUUGUGGAUUUCUUUUGAGUUGUUUCACCUAUACUUGAUUUGU